AUGUCUCGCGUCCACCAGAACCACCCAAUUGGCACCUCACGGUCGAUAUUGGACGAGAUAAAGAUGGAGGUCGAAACGCACACACAACCCGGUCCAUCAACAAACACCAACAAAACCAGCAAAGAUGACGAUCUCUACGAGGAGGAAGUAACGCUGUUUGCCGAUUUCGACAUAUGUCUCGAAGUAGACGAUCCCAAUUUAUAUCUCAAAGUGAUCGGCAUCGAUACGGACCAGCCCAUCAUACAGGUGAACGAUGAAGUGUACCGGGGGACGGUCGAUUUUGCGUUCGGCACGAACGUGUUCUUCGAGAAGGACCCGAAAGCGACCGCCAACAAAGAUCCCGUCUUCGAGAACAAUAUUCAGGACCUGUACCGGUAUGUGUGUGACACGGACAAGGUCUUGCGCAUGAAGCGAAUAUUUGUCAAUGCAAAGGAUCAACCAAAUCAGGGACAGUCGGCAACUGCUGUGACGAGCGAUGCGGAUAGUUCCGGUGAUGAUGAGACGCCACAGGCAGAUAUGGUGAAAUAUGAGGUCAACAUGACCUACGAAGAAGCACUGAAUUUGCAUCUCCAGGAAGGGUGUGUUGCCAGCCGGCACAUUUCAGAAAAUUUGAACGGUGAAGCACUGAUACAGAAUCGCCGGAUUAAAAUUAAGGGUGAACCGAUGAUGCAGGACGAUUGA